CUUUAUUGGUAUAAUCUUGCAUCCAUUGUGUUUAUCGGACUUAUUUAUUAAGAUAAGAAGUUGAAGUUUGAUCGCGCAUUUGGCAUAAAUUCUUUAGCGUACUGUGUCUCUUUAACAAAGAUUUUGACCGUUCGUUGAUUUUCAAAGGAAUAAUCACCUCUUCACUUCUCAAACAGUUUUCCUGAUUGUUUUAAGCAUUAUCAACGUUCAAAAUAAUUAUCUGCGUAUUCUCAAAAAGCAUUUAAAAUGUCGGUGCCUUCACUAUAAGUCUUCAGAAGCGUUAAGGUUAAAUAUAUAUAUUUUCGUGAGGAGUCAUGGAAGACAUCACUUUUAGCAAGGUUGUCGGAAAGGACAUAUUCCUUCACGCACCGUCGGGGGAUAUGAGACUAUGUGCGGCCAUUUGUGAACUUCCGGAUCGAAACGCAAGGGCGUGUACGUAUUACUGUCCAAUGUAUGAAUCGGUGAUUGCAGCCACACCGGCGUCAGUCACCAAGUCUACGUCCUUGUUAUACGAGACACCUGACGUUCAAACCUCCAGGACGUUCUGCAUACCAGAAGUGCUGUUGGUCGUCUGUGUUGCAGCUGCUGUAAUACUUAUUAUUGCGACAUACACACAAAGAAAACGAUUGGAAGUUGUAUUUUCGCGAAUACAACUAAGACUACUUCACCGAUCCAUCCCUCCCAGAACAUCUCAUGACGCAGAAAAGGCUGUACCGAAUUCUCCUCUAAACGAAGAAAAGUCUGCAAGACCGCUGAAUGAUACUGAUGAUUGUGAAAUAAACCAUCUAAAUCGUGGUGAAGAAACACUACUUGGACCCUCCUCUCCUCACAGGAAAGAACAGACAGCACCCACUCUGAACCCAUAAGAGAUGAAAUUUAAUAUUCGUCAUAAAGCGCUAGAAGAUAUUGGCGCUUUGGGCAGAAUGGAACUAACUUAUCAUAGCACUAUAUGGACGUUGGCAUUGACAUGCUUUAUAGUAAGAUUAAUGUAAUGCAUAUAACAUGAUAUUUUUUAAGUUUGUCAUUUAUUUAUUUAUUUACUUAAUAAUUUAGUUAGUUAGUUAGUUAAGUAUUUAUUUAUUUAUCUAUUAAUUUAUUACUUUAUUAAUUGAUUUAUUAAUUAAUUUAUUUAUUUAUUUGUUUAAUUCCUUCCUUCCUUCCUUCCUUCCUUCCUUCCUUCCUUCCUUCCUUCCUUCCUUCCUUCCUUCCUUCCUUCCUUCCUUCCUUCCUUCCUUCCUUCCUUCCUUCCUUCCUUCCAUCCAUCCAUCCAUCCAUCCAUCCAUCCAUCCAUCCAUCCAUCCAUCCAUCCAUCCAUUUAUUUAUUUUUAUUUGUUUUUAAUUUUUUAGUCAUUUCUGAUUAAUAAAAUGUUUUUUGAUUUAUUUGCACAAGCUGCAAAUAGAAGAGAGGGGAACUACAUGGCACCAGUAUAUAUAAUAGGUAUUAGUAUUAGUAUGUUCUAAUUAUCAUAUUAGUUUGAAAGUGUUUUAAGUGCAUCUUUUUCUAAAUGUAUAUUGAUUUAAAUUAAUCGAUUUAUUUUACACUUGCUUCCGUUACUUACUGAUCUGACUCACUGUAUUUAAAAUCGAUUUGUAAAAUAUUCAAUCAUGUAAUGGUACUGUAGAGCGUGUGUUGCGAAAUAUAUAAAUCAUAUAUAUUUGGAUUUUAAAAGCAUUAUACGUGCAAGUGGACGCAUCAACACCAUGGAACUGUACAUGUUUACUUUCCUGGUAAGUUAAAUAUUUCAUGAAUAAAGCACCAUAGCAAGUGAUAUGAAAGUUAUUGCAGCUAAUCAUUUAAAUCACUGUUAACGAUAAUUCUGAAUUGAUUGAUUAUGGUGUUUUUGAUGUGUGCUUUUUGAUUAUUUUCAGUGAAAAGUGAGCUAAUUUGCGUAUAAUCUAAUUUAGUCAUUAAAUAGUGUUUAUAGUGUUUUCUUUUCCAUAGUUUUUUUUUCUUUUUGUCUUUUAUAUAUCCAUAUAUGCAAUAGUAAGAUGACAUGAGGUAAAAUCUUUUUUUCUAAUGGUUACGAAUUGGUGCUGUGAGCGAAGCGAACGAGCCCUUCUUAAUCAUUUAGAAAUUACUUCAGGUCAUCUUACUGACUAAGAAUACAAUCUGAUUGGCUGACACACUGUCAACACAUAAUCUGACGCAGGGCUUGUGUAUCGGACCUUUAAAACACCUGCAGAAGUUGAAACUCUUAUUGAUUAAGCCUAGUACUUGAUAAUUGCCCAUCUGCAAGUUCAUUGGCUGAAAAUGCAGGUUUUAUUAUAAAUAUGUUUAGUCAACAAAUCUCUAGGCUAAGUGUCCAGACGCACUUUCAACUUUCUCUUUCAUUUAUUUCUCAAUAUAAUCUUUAAUUCUAAACUUUUAAAACGUGUAUUUUAUUUAAAGCGGGAUAAACCAAUCAGAAACGUUAUCAGAAAAAUCACAUCAUAAGUUAAUGUUGUAUUAAUUGUAACAAAACAUGUUGCUUGUAUCUUGUCUUUUAUUGUUUUACUGUUGUAGAUAUGCAGUGUAAUGACAUUAAUUGAGUUGUAUUUAUAUUUCUCCUAUAUGUUAUUUAUUAACAAAUUAAAUGUCUUCAAACCAAGAAUUUGUAUUGAUGUUUUGUAUUUGUAUAAUAGUGAAUUUGCAUAAUGUUUAGAACAAAAAUGCAGCUUUCUCCCCUUACCUGUUGUUAGGGGUCGUGAAGCACUAGCCAUCAGUGUUAUCUUGCGUAUAAAUUGGUCAAUUAACCAUAAAAUAUAUAGAAAAUUUGGUUAGUGGUUUCUGACCUGUAUAUGGAUCGUUAACAAUGUUAAAUUAUUUACAUAUAAGUACGCUGCAAGUAGAUCGCGAAGUAAUUUCAAUAUUAGUAUUUAAGCCUAUAGAUAUAAAUACUUUACUAUUAGGAUUUAUGAAAUAAAACAUUUCACUGAAAAUCAAUUUGAAAAUGAAAUUAAUAAUACAAAAAUACACGCUAAAAUACUACAAUUAAUUAAUAUUAUUAUUAUCAAUUUUACGAGCUACUUUUACUUAUGCACCGGUUCGUGAUUGCGGAGAUGGCCGAGGUGUUCCGAUUGAUCUCCUUUAAUAUCAAAGUUUUAUAGAUGGCGAAAUGGCUCUGUGCCAAAACAUAUAUAUCAGAAAAAUCUAAGCUACAUAUUUUCCAUUACAUAUAUAGUUAAAUGUCAGAUUGUUUAAAAGCUACCCGCAAACCUCCCUCAAGGUAAAGCUUAUUGACGAUGUAAAGUUAAUUUACGGUAGUUAGACAUCAAUUACAUUAUUUAAAUUAACAUGUACAUAGCUGUUUAUAUGAAAGUUAAAC